AUGCCAGUGCUCGCGCCCGAUGCUGAGUCAGAAACAGGUAUCCCGAAAUCCCCCUCUGAGGCGCGGCGCUCGGAGGCCAUGGAGGAGCUAGAGCACACCUGCCCCCAGCCUCGCCUGACUCUGACGGCACCUGCUCCAUUUGCAGACGAAACAAGCUGUCAGUGCCAAGCCCCCCAUGAGAAGCUAACCAUUGCACAAGCCCGCCUGGGAACACCAGUUGACAGACCUGUCAGAGUCUAUGCAGAUGGGAUAUUUGACCUCUUCCACUCUGGCCAUGCUAGAGCUCUUAUGCAAGCCAAAACUCUAUUCCCAAAUAGCUACUUAUUAGUAGGAGUUUGCAGUGAUGAUUUAACUCAUAAAUUCAAAGGCUUCACUGUGAUGAAUGAAACUGAGCGAUAUGAAGCCCUCAGACAUUGUCGUUAUGUGGAUGAGGUCAUCAGAGAUGCACCCUGGACACUGACACCCGAGUUCCUUGAAAAACAUAAGAUUGACUUUGUAGCCCAUGAUGACAUCCCGUACUCCUCCGCUGGCUCGGAUGAUGUAUACAAACACAUAAAGGAGGCAGGAAUGUUCGUACCAACGCAGAGAACCGAAGGUAUCUCCACAUCGGAUAUCAUCACAAGGAUUGUCCGGGACUAUGAUGUGUACGCCCGGCGCAACCUCCAACGAGGAUACACCGCCAAAGAGCUGAAUGUUAGUUUUAUAAAUGAGAAGAAAUACCGCUUUCAAAACCAAGUGGACAAAAUGAAAGAAAAAGUCAAGAAUGUGGAGGAAAAAUCAAAAGAAUUUGUUUACAAGGUGGAAGAGAAGAGCCAUGACCUCAUUCAGAAAUGGGAAGAAAAGUCCAGGGAAUUUAUUGGCAACUUUUUAGAGCUGUUUGGACCCGAUGGAGCCUGGAAGCAGAUGUUCCAGGAACGAAGCGGCCGAAUGCUCCAGGCUUUUUCUCCCCGGCAGAGCCCAAACAGCAGUCCUACGCGAGGCCGUUCUCCAUCCCGUUCUCCAUCUCCGCCCUGGGUCUUCAAUAAAGCCUCCCCUCCCUCUUCUCCAAAAGCUGCCUCUGCCUCCCUCAGCAGCAUGAGCGAGGGAGAUGAGGAUGAAAAGUAA